AUGGCCGAGCGAAGCCGAUGCCGGGUGCUCGUGAUGCGGUGGCAUGCGAUGUUUUCGCCCAAGCGUGCAGCUGGCGGAGCAGCUAGCCGAUCUUGGCCUGAGGUCGCACAUGUUAGUGGGGAUGAAUUAACAGUGAUAUGGCAUAAAGCUAAUGUGAACAAUGUGCAUGACGAGAGAAUAGGUAGAAGUGAGGAGCAACUUCUUAAAAAUGUCAGAUCCACAGGUUCGAUUUCUAAAAACAAAUUAAAGCACACAAGGAAAAUGAGGGGAGAGGCGCCUCGACGAAAGGCCAAAAAGGAAAAUAAAAGCAAUGUAAACAACCCAAGCAAAGUGGGGAUCUCCCGAACUUCCCAUUUCAGGGGUCUCUGCCUCCGCCUCCGCGUGCGCCGUCGGCUUCGCCUUUCUAGGUUUCCGCCGCCGGUUAUGGAGACACCGGCGGGAGGUUCCGCCGAUCGCCGGGUAACCGGGUCUGGCGCCUCUGCCGGUGCUGCGGCUUCUAGCCUCAGCCGCUACGGUCUCAAUUUCUCCGCCUCCAGCCUUCUCCAGGCUCCGCUCGCCGCGCUCCUCGAGUACUCAGGCGUUGUCCCCUCCGGGCCCGUCCCGCAGACGGUGCAGCAGGCGGUACCCUCCUCCUCAUCGUCGUCUGAGGCUGACGGGCUACUUUCUGCCGCCGCUGCUGGGGAUGGAGAGGUCUCGAUUCGGAUCCAGGGUGACCCCGGCGACCCUGACACGGCGAGCGCGACGGCUACAGGGGCCUCGCCGCAGGACUCAAUUGAGGUGGCCGCCUCCUCCAACUUUGACCCGGUCUCCGUGGCGGGAAGGGGAGGCGGUGCUGAUGCGGAGGCAAGCGGCGGUGGCAGUGGCGGUGCUACGGGAAAUGGGGCUGGGGACCGCCCAUAUCAGCGUUACGACGUGCACCACGUUGCUCGGUGGAUCGAGCAGAUACUACCAUUCUCGCUGCUGUUGCUCGUUGUCUUCAUUCGGCAGCAUCUCCAAGAUUUUGAUAAGAUUCAAUUUGAUUUGAGUAAGGGUAGGGGAAGGCAAGGAAAGUUUUGGUUAGUUGAGGUUUUGGUAAGCUUUGAUUUGAUUUGGGUAUUGGUAGGGGAAGGUUUCUUCGUCACAAUUUGGAUUGCUGCUGUAAUGUUCAAGUCAAAUGAUAUAUUGAAGAAGCAAACUGCAUUGAAGGGUGAGAGAAAAGUUGCUAUGCUUGUUGGAAUCACCAUAAUCUUCAUGGUCCAUGUGUUUGGCGUCUAUUGGUGGUACAUGAACGAUUAUCUUCUUAGACCUCUGUUCAUGGUUCCUCCAAAAGAUAUACCACCAUUCUGGCAUGCAAUUUUUAUCAUCAUGGUUAACGGUAUUGAUACUGCCUGA